UAACAACAGCACAAAGUCUAUUGGAGGUGUACGUGUACUAAACAAGGCUGAUAGAGAUCACAACGUAUCGGCAAUGGCAUCAGUCUUAAACCGUUGUAAAGAAACCAUGCAAUCACCACGAAUGAUGCAUUUCAUCGUUGAAGCUAAAUUUGAUUUGUUACCUGAGAAGAUGGUGCAACGGGUCAAAGAGGCUUAUAUCAGCGAGUUUAAGAGAUUUGAGAAACAACGUUUAGAUCGUAAUAGCACAGUCAGAAAGCGUAAUUGUCCAGCGAUUGAAGUGAUUUACUCGAUUGAAUCUAAAAUGAUUAACGACUACCAGUAUGAUCACAUCCAUUUUAUGUUCAUUGUGGACUUUGGAAAUAAUCGCUUUGGUUAUCAAGAAAUCAUGUCUGUGAUUAAUAGAACCUUGGGACGCUUGGAUUUUGUAGUGCCCAUCGAGCACAUAGACGAUUUUAGUUAUAUUGGUUUCAAAGGAGCACCCAAACCACAAUCAUCGUCUGAGCCAGAAUCUAUGACAGAAGCGAAGCCUGAGCCAGCUUUAGAACAAGAGAAAUCUAUAGAACAGUCUAAGCCUGAGCCAAUAAUUCAGGUACAAGAGCCUGAGCCGAAACGUCGAGAUAAGGUGAGUGGUAAGGAUGUGAAUCGCCCACAAUUGCAAGCAAUGCUUGAGUACAUCAGAGCUGGGGAUACACUGCAUGUUCAUAGUCUUGAUCGCUUGGGGCGUAAUACCAAAGACUUGAUCGAAAUUAUGGACAUAUUGAAGGCC